AGAAACUGAUGUUGAUGAAGGCCAUGACUGGGACAUCUUUAACAUCAAUGAAGCGGGGGGGCUGGAUCUGAUGGAGGGAGACAUCGAUCUGGAAGAGUCAGUCAACAGGAACUCCAUUAUAGGAGAAAAAUACCGCUGGCCAACAACCAUCCCCUACUACCUGGAGGACAGUCUGGACAUGAAUGCAAAGGGAGUAAUCCUGAAGGCGUUUGACCAGUACAGACUGAAGACCUGCAUUGACUUUUCUCCGUGGAAAGGAGAGGAGAACUACAUCUCUGUGUUCAAAGGGAGCGGAUGCUACUCCUCUGUCGGAAACCAGCGUGUGGGGAAGCAGCGGCUGUCCAUAGGUAGCAAUUGUGAUCGAUUAGGAACCGUUGAGCACGAGUUCCUGCACGCUCUGGGCUUCUGGCAUGAGCAGUCCAGAGCCGACCGCGAUGAUUACGUCGACAUCAUGUGGGAUCGCAUUGAACCUGGUAAAGAGCACAACUUUAAAACAUACGACGACACGGUGUCCAGUGCUCUGGCCGUUCCCUAUGACUACGGCUCUGUGAUGCACUACAGCAAGACGUCCUUCAACAUCGCCUCAGAGCCCACCAUCGUGACUAAGAUCCCCCACUUCAUGGAUGUGAUUGGUCAGAGGAUGGGCUUCAGUGCCAGUGACCUCACCAAGCUCAACCGCCUCUACAACUGCACGAAGUCUUCUACCUUUGUGGACAGCUGUAACUUUGAGGAGGAAAACAUCUGUGGCAUGAUUCUGGGUCCUGGUAACGCAAAGUGGGAGCACCGCAGUUCUGUGAGCGGAGGGCCUCAGACUGACUUCUCCAACCUGGGUCAAUGUAAAGGAAAAGGUUACUUCAUGCACUUCAGCACAGCCUCGGCUGUACCGGGUGACCGUGCCUUGCUGGAGAGUCGUUGGCUUUACCCUAAACCCGGACCCCAGUGUCUGACCUUCUUCCUCCAUAACAACGGGGCGGCCGAUGAUGUUCUCAAUAUCUGGGUGAGAGAGUAUAACGAGGCGAACCCUGGCGGCAAACUGAGGCUCUUCAAGAGUAUUAUAGGAGGAGUCAUGGGCUCCUGGGAGCUGCAUAACAUCAAUGUGAAUGUGACAAAGAAGGCCCGAGUGGUUUUUGAGGGCGUGAGUGGAAUUAAUCCAUCAAAGGGAGGAUUCUCUCUGGAUGACAUUAACCUGUCCUCCACAAAGUGUCCUCAGCACAUCUGGCACAUCCGCAACAUCACCCGCCAGCUGGACACCACCCCAGUAGGAGAGAAAGUGUACAGCCCCCGCUUUCUGUCCCCUGCUGGUUACUCAUUCCAGGUUGGUGUGUACCUAAACGGAAAAAGCAGCAGUUCGGAGAAUAUGGCCACCUACUUCUACCUGACCUCCGGCCCAAACGACCAUAACCUCAAGUGGCCGUGUCCGUGGCAACAGGCAACUAUGGCCCUGAUGGACCAGCAGUCUGACAUCAGACAGCAAAUGAACAUGCACCGAAUGGUCACCACCGACCCUGACAAGAUGUCUUCUGAUGGCACCGAGUUAUACUGGGACGAUCCCAGGAAGGUGGGCUCGAAGGUGACAGCGUCCGAUGGAAGCUAUUACUAUCGAGGCCCAGGCACUGGGACAAGUUCAUUCAUCACCCACAGCAGACUCAAGAGCAGGAACUUCAUCAAAGGAGACGAUGCCUACUUCCUCUUCAGUCUGGAAGAUAUAUCAGACCUGCUCAUAUCCCAGCCUCUUCCCCGCUCCGCAGUCCACGCUGAAACCAGGCUAGUGAAGGCUGCAGACCCAGUGGCUCCUCAGGGGCCAGCUAAGCACACACUUGUUGCAGCGGUGGCAGCGUGCGUGGCAGCAGCCAUGGUGGUGGUUUCCAUGGGGAUCGUAGGGAUAGCCUGGAGGAGGAGGAGACAGCAGGAGAGCGACGGGGUGGUGAUCAUCCAGGACAUGCCUGGAUUCAUGGAAGAGCACCCAACAACAGAUUUACCAUCUCCAUUAACGACUCAAUGAUGUCCUGAUCAAGAAGAAAUCAGCAUUUAAAAGAAAAAGACAGAAUGCAUUAUUAAAUUAUCUCAAAUGGUUAUUUAGCCAUUUGACUCAUUUUCAUGUAUGAUUUGAAUUACUGUGUAAGAAAUAAAACCUCAG